AUGGAAAAUCGGUCGACUCGCAUAGCAAUAGUGAACAUUGACAAAUGCAAGCCCAAAAAAUGUAACCAGGAAUGUAAGAGGACUUGCCCGGUCGUACGUACUGGUAAGUUAUGCAUUGAGGUCAAACCUGUGUCCAAGGUUGCUCGUAUCUCCGAAGAGUUGUGCAUUGGCUGUGGUAUAUGUGUUAAGAAAUGCCCAUUUGGAGCAAUUGAAAUCAUCAACUUGCCAAAGGCACUGGACAAAGACACAACCUAUCGCUAUGGGUCUAACUCUUUUAAAUUACACAGGUUACCAGUCCCUAGGCCAGGGGAAGUUCUUGGUUUGGUUGGAACUAAUGGCAUUGGGAAGUCAACUGCCCUCAAAAUUUUGGCUGGCAGGCUCAAACCAAAUUUGGGUCGUUUCAAUAAUCCUCCAAAUUGGCAGGAAAUCUUGACUUACUUUCGAGGAUCGGAGCUGCAAAGUUAUUUUAUUCGUCUCUUGGAAGAUAAGUUGAAGGCUGUUAUAAAACCCCAAUACGUUGACCACAUUCCAAAAGUAGCUGAAGGCAAUGUAGGGGAGUUGCUCAAACAGAAAGAUGAGAGGGGUGUGAUGGAAGAAGUCAUUGUUGAUCUUGAGCUAAACCAGGUUCUAGAUCGUAAAGUAGUCAAUUUAUCUGGUGGGGAGCUUCAGAGAUUCGCCAUUGCUUUUCUUGCUUCGCAAAAGGCAGAUAUAUACAUGUUUGAUGAACCUUCAAGUUAUCUUGAUGUGAAACAAAGGCUUAAAGCUGCCAAAGUCAUCCGAUCUUUGAUCAGGCCUGAUAGCUAUGUAAUCGUUGUGGAGCACGAUUUGAGCGUCCUAGACUACUUAUCAGAUCACAUUUGUUGUUUAUAUGGGAAGCCGGGUGCAUAUGGAGUUGUAACCCUGCCUUUCUCAGUUAGAGAAGGAAUCAACAUCUUCUUGGCGGGAUUUGUUCCUACAGAAAACCUACGGUUCCGAGAUGAAUCUUUGACUUUUAAGGUUUCUGAGACUCCACAAGAAAGCGGUGAGGAAAUUGAGACAUAUGCACGGUAUAGAUACCCAUCGAUGACUAAAACGUUGGGAGAGUUCAAGCUUCAAGUUAUAGAGGGCGAAUUUAGCAAUUCUCAAAUUAUUGUGAUGUUGGGUGAGAAUGGAUCCGGGAAGACUACAUUUAUGAGAAUGCUGGUUGGCCUAUUGAAACCUGAUUCUGAUGUGGAGAUACCUGAGCUUUGUGUUUCCUACAAGACCCAGAAAAUUAAUACAAAGCGUGCAAUAAAAGUCAAAGACAUGCUUCAUGAAAAAAUUCGCGAUUCCUGUACACAUCCCCAGUUUGUGACAGACGUGAUGAAGCCUCUUCAAAUUGGGCAAUUAAUGGAUCAAGAUGUCACCAAACUCUCUGGUGGAGAGCUGCAAAGGGUUGCUCUAUGUGUAUGCCUUGGAAAGCCUGCAGACAUCUAUCUGAUAGAUGAACCAAGUGCAUAUCUUGAUUCUGAGCAGCGUAUCGUUGCAGCAAAAGUCAUAAAGAGGUUCAUCCUCCACGCUAAGAAAACCGCAUUUGUGGUUGAGCAUGAUUUCAUUAUGGCUACUUACUUGGCCGACAAAGUUAUUGUCUAUGAAGGAAAGCCAUCAGUUGAUUGUAUUGCAAAUUCUCCACAAUCUUUGUUGACUGGGAUGAAUCUCUUCUUAUCUGGUAACCGUAAGACCUCUUACCAAGAGAUCCAACGGGUGAGGCAUCAGAACCGUCCGUCGGAGACGGUGCUUGUGAUGAUGACGGUGGUGGAGACAGAGAGAGGGAAAGAGACGGGGAGGAGAGAGGGCUGGGAUGAAGAGGAAGGGUAUAAAGGCGAAGUUGAUGGUUGUGGUGGUGGGGAUGGCAGUUGUGGAGGUGGUGGUGGUGGUGAUGGUGGUAGUGGCAACAUGGUGGUGGUGGUGGAUGUGGAGGUUUUGGAGGAGGUGGUGAUGGUGGUGGUGAAUGAGGAGGAGGUGAUGUUGGAGGUGGUGGUGGCGGAGGAUGAGGAGGAGGAGGAUGUGGUGGUUGUGGUGGUGGUGGUGGCGGUGGUUGUGGAGGUAGUAAAUGUGGUGGUGCAAGUGGUGGAGUUGGAUGUAAAAGUGGAGGUGGUGUCAUUUUUUUAA